AUGCCGGCCGGCAUCGCGCCUCGAGAUGAUCUCCCUCCUGGCUGGGUCCGGGAGGGUGACUGGAUUGUUCCUUGGUGGCACAGCACGCCGGGCAUCAUCGUUCGAUGGGUCAUCUUCCUCGUCUUUUCCCUGCUCAUCAUCGGCUACGUCGUGGGCGGAUACUGGCACGCCAAGAGGAGGAUCAAGAAGGGACUUCCUCCGCUGGCGUACCACAAAUGUCUCGUCCGCCGUCGCACGAGGCAACCACAGCACCAAAACGGCUGGCCGACCAACAACCAGAACAUGAACCAGCCGGCCAACGGUUAUUACAUGAACGACAUGGGCGCGCCGCCCACCUACGACCCAAGCCGCCCGCCCAUGUACACGGCACCGCCCGAGGGAGCCACCAAGGUUGACCCGUCGCAGUGGGGGUCGCAGCCGACGAACCGACCGGCGGUAGCGAAUCCGGCCCCCGAUUACACGCCGUCGGCCGGAAAUCCUCCACCCGGAAGCGCGAGGUAG